AUGGGAACAGAUAAACGAUGCACUGCAGAGAACCAUCACCACCUGAUCUGUUCAUCCUCCUUGGCUGUGAGAAUCCUGAACAACAGCAUCAUGAGUCUGAGGAACAAACGCAGAAGCCGCUCUGAGCAUCACUUCUCUGCAAGAAGCUUCACCAGACCAGCUUUGGGAUCUUCCACCAACCCUAAAACCAGCAACUCUGAGCUGGUGACGGCAGUGUCCGUCAACAAGAGCCUGCUCGCCCCUCUCAACUUAGAAAUCGACCCCAAAAUCCAAGCUCUUCGCAAUCAGGAGAAAGACAAGAUCAAGGGCCUCAACAACCGCUUUGUCUCAUUCAUAGAUAAAGUAAAAAGGAUUGUCACAGGUCUAAGGGAAACUAGCUUUUUGGAGCUCAGAGGCUACAUUUUGGACUGAGUUGUUGUUGUUUUGUCUCCCAGGUCCGACUCCUGGAGCAGCAGAACAAACUUCUGAAAACCAAGUGGAAACUGCUGCAGGAACAGAGCGCUGCAUCCUCUGACAUCGAUCCGCUCUUCAACUCCUACAUCAGCAGCCUGCAACGACAGCUGGAGCAACUCAACAGAGACAAGCACGCUUUUGGCGUGGAAAAUGAACACAUGCACAAACUGGUGGAUGAUUACAGGGAAAAGUGAGUCUGCAGGUUGGACAUAGAGAUUUUUAGGGAAGAAGUGAUUAAAAUCUGACCAUGUGGUGAGAUGUUUUUGACUGUUUCAGGAUUGAAGAUGAAAGGAACAAGAGGACUGAUGCAGAGAAUUGUUUGGUCUACCUCAAAAAGGUGAGCACAAAACACCUUUAUCUUUAAUCUCAAGAUUUAUCCACAUAUAUCAAAUCUGAAUAAUUAGUGGAGUCAUUUAAAUCAGGUAACUGAAGCAUGUCACAUACAAAAGAGAAAAAAAAUUACCAAAACAGCAUUUAUUUUUUAAUUUACCAGGAUGU